AUGGCGGUCCUCCCUCAGGCCCGCGCGACCGUCACGCGUCGGAGUUUCUGGCAGCUGCUGGGCGCUGGGGCUUUUGUGGCGGGGUCCGCGGGCGGUGGCCUGCUGCUGUACUACCGCUACGCCUGGCUGCCGGACCGGCGGCGGGCGGCGCAGCUUUCGCGGAUGCAGGCGCCGGUUCGCCGCACACUGCCGUACGUCGCCGGCGCUGGCUGUCGCGGCCACGAGGGCGCCGCGCAGGAGGCGGCAGUGGUGGCGGUCGGGGGGCCGUUGCGUGCGUUCGCCGUCGUUGCCUUCUACGGCUUUGUUGUGCUGCGCACGCUGCUGCUGCUGACGCGCAUGCUGCCGGUGGUGUGGUACGCGUUUCUCACCUACGGCCUGCACCUCUGCGGGGAGCAGGUCCUCUUUGAGCGGCUGCGGGAGGCGUUGACGGCGAUGGGGCCGAGCUACAUUAAGCUCGGGCAGUGGAUGGCGACGCGGCCGGACUUCUUCCCGCCGUCGCUCUGCGCCGCGCUGGAGAAGCUGUACGACCAUACCGUCCCCCACAGCUGGUCCCACACGGAGAAGACUUUGCGUCGCACCUUCCGCGAGGCCGCAGCCGAGGCGGGCGGGGACGCGGCGCCGGCGGGUUUGCCGCCGCGGAACGCGCUCUACUACCUCAGCGAGAUCGAGACGGUGCCCGUCAACAGCGGGAGCAUCGCCCAGGUGCACCGUGGGGUGCUGCGCGAGGCGGUGGACGGCAUCCCCGCCGGGACGGAGGUGGCGAUCAAAGUCGCGCACCCCCGCAUUUGCCAGUCGGUGGCGGCGGACGUGGUCGGGAUGCGUUGGUGCGUGCGCGCCCUCACGUUUCUGCUGCCCAGCACCGUCUACUUUGAUCUGGAGCGGAGUGUGCAGGAGUUCGCGGCGUUCAUCCAGUCCCAGCUGGACCUGCGGCAGGAGUGUGACAAUCUGCAGCAGUUUAUCUUCAACUUCCGCGACUUCCCCGGGGUCAUUUUCCCCCGGCCGCUGCCCUCGCUCUGCUCGCAGGAGGUGCUGAUUGAGACCUUUGAGGAGGGCCAGCCGCUGCAGGAGAUUCAGGGCGGAGAGAACUACGCGGACCUCGCGGAGCGGGGGUGCCACAUGUUCCUCAAGAUGCUCUUCGAGGACAACUUUGUGCACUCCGACCUGCACCCCGGCAAUCUGCUGCUGCGCACAAACGCCGGGGCCCCAGUCAGCGGCGCCGCCGCCGCCCUUCGCCCGCUUUCCGCCGACGCUCGCUACCCCGACGGGAAGCCGAAGCUCCGCCACGAGCUGAUUGUGCUGGACGCGGGCCUCGUCUCGACGCUCUCGAGGGAGGAGCGCAACAACUUCAUCGCCCUCUUCGCGGCGGUGGCGUGCGGCGACGGCAAACUCGGCGCGGACCUCAUGCUCGACCGCAUGCCAGAGACCCGCGGCCCUGCCCGCGCUGUGAACCGUGAGAAGUUUCGCGAGGACAUGCAGGCGAUCUUUAGCAUCGUUGCCCCAGGGAACUCGGAGGGCUUCAAGCUUAGCAAGGUCCGCAUAGGCCCUGUGCUGGCCAUGAUCAUGAACACGCUGCGCGAGAACCAGACGCCCAUCGACGGCAACUUCGCCUCGCUUGUCAUCACUGUGAUGGUGGGGGAGGGGCUCGGACGCAGGCUGACGCCCGACUUCAACCUCUUUGGCGAGGCCGCGCCGUACCUGGUGGCGCUGCUCGAGGACGGUGAGCUCUACUUCCUGGCCUCAAAGCUGCGGGAGACCUACGGCACCCCCGCGCUGCUGCGUGACUCGGUACACUUUGUGCGCCCCGAGCGCACCGCGACCUACGCCGAGGUGUUCGUCAAGAAGGUCGUGAAGGACACGGGGCGGCUGUGGCGAUGGCUGACGGCCGCCCCCACCACCGCGACGGAAACCGACGCGGGCUCGGUGGAACAUUGA